AUGCCGAGGAUUAAUAUAAAAGGCGGUGUUUGGAGAAAUACGGAGGAUGAAAUCCUUAAGGCUGCUGUCAUGAAAUACGGUAAAAACCAGUGGGCCCGUAUUGCUUCCCUUCUUCACAGAAAAUCUGAUAAACAGUGCAAGGCCCGCUGGUAUGAGUGGCUCGAUCCAAGUGUCAAAAAGACAGAAUGGAGCCGGGAAGAGGAUGAGAAACUUCUCCACUUGGCCAAAUUAAUGCCCACUCAGUGGCGAACAAUCGCCCCCAUCGUUGGUCGCACAGCGAACCAAUGUCUUGAGCGCUACGAAUAUUUGCUUGACAAAGCACAGAACAUUGAUAUGAGUUCUCGUGAUGACCCACGCCGUUUAAGACCGGGAGAAAUCGAUCCGACCCCCGAGACUAAGCCCGCACGGCCGGAUCCCGUGGAUAUGGAUGAAGACGAGCUGGAAAUGCUCUCGGAAGCUAGGGCUCGUCUGGCCAACACACAGGGUAAAAAGGCUAAAAGGAAGGCUCGUGAACGGCAACUCGAAAUUGCUCGUCGUAUGGCAAUGAUGCAAAAGCGUAGGGAGCUGCGGGCUGCUGGUUUGGCUUCUACUAUUGCACCUCUGGUUAAUAAGAAUGUAUUUAUUGACUAUAACCGUGAAAUUCCAUUCGAAAAACAACCACCCAAGGGUUUCCAUGACACGAGUCGUGAGUUUCCUGAAUCAAAGCCCAUAAAUUUUGAUCGACUACGCCUGGGGGAUAUUGAAAAGGAGCCGUUUAUGGAACGGGAAAAGCGUGAGCGAAAGAAGGAUGCUGAACGUCAAGCUAAGCGAUUGGAGUCGGAUUUACCUGGUGCCCUGCUGGCCCGUGAGAAGGAUAAUGGUGAACCUGUAGUUAAGCGCUCCAAAUUGGUGCUUCCCGCGCCACAAAUAUCUGACUUGGAGUUGGAAAACUUGGUCAAGGUAGGACAGGCGGGUGAGAACGCGAUGAGAAUGGCCCUGGAGGACUCGCGUUCUGAUGCAGUGGCAACACAGACGCUUCUCUCGGAGUAUCACAAGGGCGGUGGCAAUGAUUCAACCUUUGCAACACCGCUUCAUCUGCUGGCUAAGACGCCUCAAAUUGGGACUGACACUAUCAUUCAGGAAGCGCAGAAUAUUUUGGCUCUGCAACAAGUGCAGACACCGCUAAAGGGUGGUGACAAUACAGAACUCUCCACUGGCGUGGUAAACAUUGUUGGGGCUACGCCACAAACUCGCCAUCUGCCUACCCCGAACAUCCUGUUGCCCAACCAGCUUGCAGCUAAUACGCCAUUUCGGACACCUCAAGUUGGAGGUCAGUUCUCGGUCCUUCCCUUCUCUCCUUCUCACCCUCUUUAUAAUCGCUUUCCUCUCAUGGCCCACGCGACGCCAGGGGGGGCGAAUGAUGUGACGAAUCAGACGCCGCGCCGAGACUAUCUUAACAUCAAUGAAGCGGGCGGCAUGGAAGGUCCACAGACUAUGACCACUACCAGUCUGCAAAAGAAGCUUGCACGCCUGCCUCAGCCGAAAAACAACUUCGAAAUUAGCAUGCCCGAUGAGGCGGAGCUGGACGCAGCAGAGCAAGCGGAGGCUAGCGAUUCCGCUACAGAGGGUACGUCUGCCCACGUGGCGGAUCAGGCGGAAGUGGAUCGAGAGGCGGCAGAGGCGCGCAAAGCGGCUGCUGACGCCGCGUGGGCGAAGCGUAGUCGGGCGUUGCAACGUGGACUCCCGCGCCCUACAUUUGUCAAUAAUGCGGUGCUCAGACCACCUCCUUCCACACCAGCGGAGGAGAUUUCUCUCACGGACCAACAGAAGGCUGAGGAAUUGAUCAAAAAGGAGAUGCUAACGAUGCUGCACUAUGAUAGUCUACACAAUCCUCCCUUCACCCUCCUCGCCGACCUUUCUCGCAACACCGACGGGAAGUUGCUCAGCGCCGUGGCACAAAAAAAGCGUUUGCAACAGGUCAACACUACUCACGAGGCCUUUCUCCGCGACUCGGAGUACGAGGAAUUCUCUGACGAGUCGCUAGCUCAGGCGAAGCCCUUGUGUCUACUCACUCCCUUCUCGCAGGCCGCGGCAGCAAUUGAGGCGGAGACGGCAGUGGUGCGCGGUGCGAUGGGCCAUGGGGAGGUGUCGGGUGAGGCGUAUGCGCGGGUGUGGGAGGAGUGUCUGGCUCAAGUGCUUCACCUUCCCCAACACCACCGUUUCACUCGCGCCAAUCUCGUGCCCAAGGCGGAGCGCGUUAGUGCGGCUGAGCGUCGCCUUGAGAUGCUACGCGGUCUUAUGGCUGAAGAAGCCAAAAAAGCUGCCAGGCAGGAGAAGAGAUUGUCUAUUCUUCUCGGGGGCUACCAAUCACGUGCUCAAACCCUCAUCAAAGCCAUUCAAGAGUCUGUGGAACAGAUCGAGCAAAGUCAGAUUGAGCUGACCUCCUUGGAGCAUCUGCGUCAACAAGAAAUUGGUGCCAUUGUGAGACGCACUGAGAUGCUCAAAGUCGACGUUGAACGUCAGAGAAGCCGUGAAACACAGUUGCAAAAAACCUACGCCCAAAUGGCGCGUCUGAGGGAGGAUCAGGUGGCCGGGGUGGAAAAAUUCGACGAAAAUGCGCCCACUCCACCACUGGUAUCACCACGCGCAGACGCCGAGGUGCCGGAAAAGGAUGCGCAGAAUGAUCUUGGUGGAUGGACAACAAUUCAGCAGUCGGACGAGGAGUUGGUGGAAGAGAAGAACGCAGGCGCUCAGACGGAUCCUGUGCCAUUACCAGAGGCCAUACAGGUUGCUAGAGGAGGUGGAUUCAGUGUGGAUUUGGAUGAAGAAACUUAG